CUCGCAUCUCGCGAGAACUGUGGCCGCCAUUUUGGAUAGAGACUCCAUGUCCUCAGUGCUCGGUUUUUGCGCUCGGAUUGCAUAAGCCUGUCAGACGACCAGGCAGGGCUCUCAAAUCUGUGGCCGUUUGUCCAGGCCUCACCACUGCAGGGUUCAUUCCCUGGGCUUUGGGGUGUCGCCCCGAAAUUGCUGCUGCUACAGAGGUGUCAGACAUACAUCCUCUAUUCCUGGGUGCUGCCCAGUGUAAAAAUCCCAAUUUACCCUGCUGGGGUUAUAGGUACUGCUGGUACCAUCUCUAUACAUCCUCUAUUCCUGGGUGCUGCCCAGUGUAAAAAUCCCAAUUUACCCUGCUGGGGUUAUAGGUACUGCUGGUACCAUCUCUAUACAUCCUCUAUUCCUGGGUGCUGCCCAGUGUAAAAAUCCCAAUUUACCCUGCUGGGGUUAUAGGUACUGCUGGUACCAUCUCUAUAUACUUUAUACUACCCUGUGCCAGGGUGUUGUUGGACAAUGGACCAGAACGCUGCACAGCUUCAGGCCAUGAUUAAUGAGGCAGUUGCUGCCUCGAUGGAGAAGGCUUUCUCCAGAAUUCUGACGGCGGCUGAUGGGCCAGAUGACCUCGCUGAGGUCCCGCAACAGGACUACGAUUCCGAGGCUUCGGAGUCACAGGUUCGUGCCGACUCUCGGCCACAAAAACGCCAUUGGAAAGGAGAGAAGGGCUCUGCUAAUCCGGACAGGGGCAAGGCCCCCGCCAAGCGCGACAAACCGUCUCCUCUCGCUCCCUCGCCUGAACAUCAAUACUCCUCGGACGAGGAGGAUAAGCUUUCUCCGUCCAUGAAUAUUCUGGACUCGUGGCAGGCCGCGGACUCCGACGUUCCGGAGGACGCCUGGGGCUCAGAUGAGGGCGCGUUUUCCGGUGACCAAAAGGGCACCUUUCUCGAAACCGCCCAGCUACCCGACGACUCGGCGCCACUGCUGGAGGAUGAGGAAACCAUCCUGGACCCCUCCGGCCAACGUCUCUUCGAUCCGAGAAACAUCCGUCAUCCACGUUCUGGGAACUGGACGCCUCCGGAUCACCUCGCAAAGUUUAUGCACCUAUGGCUACGCAAACCUAUGGACAAAACGAUUCGCAACCGUUUACGAUCCGAAUGCCCUCGCCCUCUGUUACCCGACUUCGUGGCGCAAACUCCGGAGUUCGACCAGAUCAUGACCACCUUUAUGUCUAGGGGUGGUCAGGACCCUCGCAAAGGGGUUGAGAAGGCAUUCCACGGCGUGCAGGAUAAGCUGUUGGACUCCAUUGGUCCACUUUCCCGCAUUUUGUAUUUGGCGGAUGAUGCCCUAGCGCGAUCAGAGGAGUUUGACGCUAAUAUGGUUCGUGAAUGGGCUCACGACAUUAGAGAAUGGGCUCAACGGUGCUUCUGCUUUGUAGGCAACGCCAACGUAGCCCUCUCUUCUGAGAGGAGGAAAGCAGCAUUACUCCGUCUUGACGGAAAAUUGGUGGAAUUGGGCACCAAAGAACUAGGACCUCUGGCACAGGGCAAGCUAUUUGGUGAGACUUUUCUGAAGGAGCUCAAUAGACAUGUGAAUGUCUUUACCUCGCUUAACAAAGCACAGACCUCCAUGAAGCGGGUCUUCCGAGCCAACUCCCAAAGGGGUGUUUUUGGAAGGGCUGGCCGCCACAGAGGCCGAGCAGCCAGCCGAUUCUGGCCUUCGGGCCCCAGUUCUCAAAGGCCUCAACCGUUCUACCCAGAAACAGGCUAUAGACAGCCUUUCUCCUUCACCAGAGGAGCCGACAGAGGUCGUGGAUCACGUGCCCGGGGCAGGGCUCGCUUCAACUCCAUCGGUAAGUCGUCACUGGUUGCAGGUACCUCUUCUCACUCAUACAGCAGGUCGUAUUUCCCUUUGUUUUCAGAACUGGGCGGCUAUAUCGUCGGACGCAUGGAUACUCCAGACGGUGCAGGGUUACGUCAUAGACUUCGUGGGACGUCCAGACCAGUCGAUCCUGCCGCAUCCUUUUCUCUGCUCCGCAGAGGACUACAGGUUGAUAGCAAACGAGCUACUAGACCUCCACUCCAAGGGUGCGGUGGAGCCCGCACACGAUCAGGGAGGCUUUUUCAGCAAUCUUUUCUUGGUGAAGACAAAGACCGGGGAUUUCAGACCAGUCUUAAACUUAAAAAAGCUCAACUCCUACGUGCGAUACAGGCACUUCAAGAUGGAGGGCAUACACCUUCUGAGGGACCUCCUUCGAGACGGAGAUUGGUUCACGAGACUGGACCUCAAAGACGCGUACUUGUCGGUACCGGUCCACUCGACCUGCCGACGUUUCCUCAGAUUCCUGUGGCAAGGUCGACCAUGGCAGUUCACGUGCCUCCCUUUCGGCCUCAGUUCAGCCCGUGGUGUUUCACCAAGUUGCUGAAGCCUGUGGUCGCACAUCUUCGUGCUCAAGGGAUUCGGUGCAUUAUAUACCUGGACGACCUGCUUCUGUUUUGCGACGACAGGUCCGGACUGACUCGGCACACACGUUUUACCGUCGACUUCCUGACCUCCCUAGGGUUCGUGGUGAACUUCUUGAAGUCGGAGUUGUCCCCGACUCAGACUGUCCAGUUUCUGGGAUUCGAGAUAGACUCCAGGUCCAGCACACUACGCUUAUCAGCGACGAAGAUCGCGGCUAUCAAGAAGGAAUUGCGCAGAGUCAUCCGCUGCUUCUCCAUUCCACUCCGUACUCUGGCUCGGAUCGUAGGUCUACUAUCCGCUUCCAUUCAGGCCAUUUCUCCCGGGACCGUUGGAACGGCCGAGCCAUCUUCGGGAGCUCUCCCGACGUCGUUUUGGAGUCGGACGCCAGCCUUUGGGGCUGGGGCGCGACGGGCGGAGGCAGAUCAACAGGAGGCGCCUGGACCGCUCAAGAGAGUCUUCUCCACAUCAACUGCCUGGAACUGUUGGCGGGGUCGUUCGCUAUCCGCAGUCUGGCGAAGGACAAGUCACAUUGCUGUAUUCUCUUGCGGAUGGACAACAUCUCGGCGGUCCGCUAGAUCAACCGCCUGGGCGGAGCCCGUUCCCGUCUACUGUCGGAGGUGACGAAGGAGAUCUUCGACUUCUGCCUUCCCUGCAACAUUUCACUCAAGGCGGAAUACCUUUCAGCAUGAUCGCACGGACAAUUCAAUUCCUGAGGAAUCAACGCAUUUCUCUCCUGCUCGUCGCUCCGCUUUGGCGGAAUCAACCGUGGUUCCCGGACCUUCUGGAGCUCUCCUACAUCGAUCCGUUGCUUCUACCGUCUUUCCCGAUGCUCCUCACGGACCAGAAAGGGAAUCCGCAUCCCCUGGUACUCGAGGGCCGUCUCCUUCUGGUGGCUUGGGCUCUUUCCGGGGAGCCUGGCAGACCAGCGAUUUAUCGCAGGCAGCUAGAGACCUCAUAUGGGACUCCUGGGCUCCUGGAACUAGAAGAUGUUACUUAUCAGCUUGGGGUUCCUGGUCCUCUUGGUGCUGUGAACGGGACUUCGAUCCAUUUACGGCACCUGUGACCGCCAUAUGGAAUUUUCUGUCACAUUUGUUCUCUUUGGGCCGCUCCUAUCGUUCUCUCAACGUGG